UGUAGGGAUGAUAAGAAGGAUGGUCUGAAGUUCUACACCGACCCGUCCUACUUCUUCAGCCUCUGGAGGGAGAGAAGAUGCUCCAGGCCACGGAGAACAAGCGCAAGGAGAAGAGGACGGCAGAAGGAGCAGAAACACGUGGAGGAGUCUUCAGGCCGGGAGGUGAAGAAGGUUCGGAAAGCUCGGAACCGGCGGCAGGAGUGGAACCUGAUGGCGUACGACAAGGAGCUCCGCCCAGACGCCCGCAUCACGCCGUCCCCUUACCACGCCUCCACCGGCUCCAUGUCACCUGACAGCUCCCUGCACCAUGACGCCCCGGUGCAUGAUGGGAAGGAUCCCGUCACUGCAGCGCUGGGGGGCGGGGGUCAGACUCAGUCCCUGGACCGUGCCCUCAGACCCUCGUCUGUUUCCUCGGCGGUCGCCACGGCAACAGGCCGCCAACACUCUCUGGGCCGCAACCAGCCGCAUCAUCACCAGCACCCGCCCCCGCUGGCCGGCUCAACCAAUCAGAACGGAGCACGGACUCACACUGCCAAGGAGGCCAAUGAUCAUCAGAUCCCUCCGGCCCCCCCGCCGCCCCCCCCUCUCAUGCCGUCAGCGGGACAGAUCCACCCCGGUGCCAUGGCAACACCGCUGCACCCAGCAACCGGUCCUGGUAACCAAGGUGGUGCUGCUGUCCUCUCUCGCCCCUACAGCCCCUCCCCUCCCCCGCCCCCCCCGGCUAACUACGUCCCCUCCCCCUCCCGGCCCGGAGCCCAGGCCACGGCCCCCCCGCUGCCCCCAGCGAUGGACGGCAGGAAGCCCCCCCCGGGGGGGGUGAACGACGCACGCAGCGACCUGCUGGCCGCCAUACGCAGAGGGAUCCAGCUCAGGAAGGUUCAAGAGCAGCGAGAACAGGAAGAGGCCAAGAAACGAGAGCCAACAGGAAAUGAUGUCGCCACCAUCCUGUCGCGCCGCAUCGCCGUGGAGUACAGCGAGUCAGAGGAGGACUCGGACCCCGAGGACCAGGACUGGUCCGACUGAAUCAGAGGAGGACUCGGACCCCGAGGACCAGGACUGGUCCGACUGAGUCAGAGGAGGACUCGGACCCCGAGGACCAGGACUGGUCCGACUGAAUCAGAGGAGGACUCGGACCCCGAGGACCAGGACUGGUCCGACUGAGUCAGAGGAGGACUCGGACCCCGAGGACCAGGACUGGUCCGACUGAAUCAGAGGAGGACUCGGACCCCGAGGACCAGGACUGGUCCGACUGAAUCAGAGGACGACUUGGAUCAGUCCUGGUCCAACUGAGUCAGAGGAGGACUCGGAGCCCGAGGACCAGGACUGGUCCGACUGAAUCCGAGGAGGACUCAGAGCCCG